UCAUCCUUGGUCGAGUUAACUGUAGUCUGUCGUGACCCCAGCGAAAUGUGCAUUAUUGUGUAGGGCGAGGUCGAGGCCUUCCCGCAACAUAUUCCACCAUGACCGUAUGCGACUACUGCCAGGAAACGGUCUUCGGCGAUGCCUCUUCCGAGCGCAAACUGCACCAUAAGAAUGCAGACGACUGGAUUGCAUCUCUGAGGGACUGUACCAUCUGCAACCUCUUGCUUGACCACCUCCGAACGGCGGUCAUUGCAGCUACAACGACAAGCGAACGAGUUCCAGCCAUCUUCAACGCUUGGCUUGUACCCUUUUUGAACAAUGGCAUCCUACAGCUUCUUGCGAAGACACUGCCCAUCUACGCAUAUGACAUGCAAGAGCUCACUAUACGGGGCCAGUAUCUGUUGUCCUUCUACCCUCAAAACGGCGCACUGGGCGAUCUAGGCAUAGAGACGCCGUUUGGGCAGAUCAAGCAGAUCUCGCCACGUUCUCAAAACUUCAUCCUGUAUGUUGCAGACAGUACGUGGGACACUUGGCAGAAGGUUUGAUGCACAUAGCCUAACGUGCGGUAUCAAGAUGCUCAGAAGUCGCCGCGAAUGAAGCCAGAUACGGGUAGUCCGGCCACUUUGCAGCAGAUUGGCCGAUGGAUCAAAGCUUGCGACAACCAUGAGAGCUGCAUACGGGCCCGUAACCGCGCGAGGGGCUAUA